AUGACGGUCUCGAUUGCUAUUCAAACGGCUCCCGCAUCUCCCUUGCCAUCUCGAUCGGUACCAAUUCUCAGGAAUAAACGCUGGCCCCCCAUGGCGAACCGCAGUGCCCUGCCCUACAAACUCACGAUCAUUUCGAAAGAGAAACUGGCCCGCGAGGCCACCGCCCCCGACCCCAAUCUGCGUCGCUGUGUGGCCCAUUUCCGGCUGCACUGUGGUUCGGUCGAGUGGACCGAGAAGGACAUGAACUCGCGGAUCAGCUCGUUCGACUUUGAAGACACCGACGAAGAAGACGAGAAAGAAGAGGCCGAAAAAGAGACCCAAGAGGAGCAGACUCCCAAAUCUGAAUUUACCACCAUCGACAUCAACGACGAGCCUUUGUCUGCCUCGGAGACCGACGCAACCUCGCCCCCGUCAGCCUCACCACCUCCAGCGCCUGAGCUCUCGCCCGAGAAUGGGCUCCUGGAUACGAACCAGGACGGCCUUGAGAUGACUUCCAAGAAUUUCUGGCCGUCGGGCGGCUCUUGCAUCGCUGUGCAACAUAUAUCUGCCUAA